CUAAAAAUGAAAUUUAUAUUGACAUGAUUGAAGAUUGUGAAUUUAUAUACGAUUUGAGCACGAAUAUCAUCAAGAGGAAUGAAAUCUACGGUACUUGCGUGGUGAAGUCAUAUUUAUCAGGUAUGCCUAUAUGUCGUGUUGGGUUUAAUGAGAAGCAUAUGACAUUGAUAAGUGAAUCAGAAGUGACCAGCAAUGAAGAAAUUCCCAAAAAUCAAUUACAACUUGAGGAUGAUAACGAUGAAGAGGAAGAAGUUGCCCUUGAAGAUCUGGAAGAACCCUCUGAUAAGUCUAAACUGAGACGCAAAAUUCCCAUUGGUAAUAUUCAAUUUCAUCAAUGCAUAGAAUUAUCAAAAGUUUAUAAGGAUAAUUUAGUCACGUUUAUUCCGCCUGACGAUAAAUUCAUUCUCAUGACGUACAAUGUUGAUCAACAGAAACAAAAGCGGAAACUUCCAUUAAUUAUGGUCAAACCAAAGUUCAAAGUGAUAAACCAAUCCCACAAACUACAAAUCAUGUGUGUUAUCAAUACAAAUUUCAACAGAAGACGUCAUUGUAAGAAUUUGUAUGUUAAGAUUCCCAUUAAUCAAAACCAUUUCCAAAUUAGGUAUGAUGGAAGUGAUAGUUUAAAAUAUAAAGCCGAACUAGGUGAAGUUUCUUAUAAAGUGGACUCCUCGGAGAUAGUUUGGAGAAUUGACAGUAUAGAUGGAAAAAAAACCGCAAGAAUGAUGGCCGAAGUAUCAUUACUUAAAGAAGUAUCUAAGGAGAAGAUUGAUAAUUAUGUGAAUAGAAGGAUUAUUCCCGAAUUAUCUACCGAAGUUGCUGACAUCCAAGACAAUGCUAAGCAAGAAUUGGACGAAUUUUAUGGGGUAAAUAAAAUAAACAAUACCACACAAAGGAUAAUAUCUACGGCAUCAUCGGCAAGAUCAUUGCAUGAUGAUAUUGAAUUGACGUUCCAGAUACCCAUGAUGACAUAUUCCGGGUUGAAACUAACGUAUUUAAGUGUUGAAGAAGAACAAUUGAAAUAUCCAUGCUUUCCUUGGGUACGAUAUAUCACCAAAUCUUCUCAUUCUGAUACCUCCCGCGGAUUUACUGGUAGACAAUGUUAUUAUAGAUUUAAAUUAGGAGUGGAUAAUUUCAUAGUGGAAUGAGGGGGAAGCACUUACAUAAUCUGUAAUUAUAUAUAAUGUUUAAGGGGAUCAUUUAUGACAGUUAUUGUUCUUGAGUCGAUUGUAUAGAUAAUUGAUCCUGGUUUUGUGCGCUUUUCCUUGCCUAAUUCGGUAGUUAUUUCCCGACAGUGGAGAUAAAUAAAAUAAAAUAAAAUAAAAAAUAUUUCGAAUUUAGUAAUCGAGUCGGCGCCGUCCCCGCUGUUAUCUUAUCUCUUAGCGGGAAAAAUUAGCGCCCGGCAGCAUGAGAUCUGAAAAGAUACAUACAAACUUACUGGCAUACGCUAAACAGUACCCGUCAAGUUGCU